AACAGAAACCCAACGCCCUCUCUCAAUUUCUCUGCAAUUCAACUCUCUUCCCAUUUGUCUUUCUCUCAAACCUUGCUGCCAUCUCACAACCUCUUGGUUCUUGAUCAGGUUCUGGAGAAGUAACCACGCCUGAGCCUCCUACUGCCUCCACUCUUAGCCUCCCUUUUUCUAGGUUAAGCUAAGGAAUUCUGCUCCUCCUCUCUUAAGUUGCCUUCACUCAAGUAUUCACCCAAAAAUAGAGCUAUGGCACCUAGGCCUCCUCCUCCUCCUGUUCCAAACCCAGAUAAUCCUCAUUUGGUGGGAGCAAUUGAGGCGAUGAUUGCAGCCAUGCAGCAGCAGAAUGCUAACAUGGUGAAUCAAUAAAACCUAUCCUUGCAACAGAUGGAGUCUACAAGACUAGCAACAGAGGCAACUCAGCAGAGGCACUUGGAAGCCCUGCAUCAGAUUGGAGAAAACCGCUCAGCGGCUGGUUCUUCCCAAGCUUCACUACCACGAGUGCAAGAGUGGAGUUUGGAGGAUUUCCUACAACACCAUCCAUCCCGCUUUGAUGGCAAAGUUAGCCUGGAUGGAGCUGAUCAGUGGAUGCGGGACAUGGAACGAAUCUAUGAUGCAAAGAGAUGUCCUACAGAGAACAGGCUGGCAUACACUGAGUAUCUUCUUACUGGAGAGGUCGUGCAUUGGUGGUCCAACAUGAAGAUGAUGUUGGAAGACAGCCAAGAGACCAUCACCUGGGAACUGUUUAAGAAGAAGUUCUAUGCAGAGUACUUCCCAGAUAGUGGAGAUAUGCAAAGGAGGUCGAGUUCUUGCAGCUGAUGCAAGGAGACAUGUCAGUGUCGGAGUACGCUGAAAAGUUUAAACACUUGGGCAGAUUUCACACCCUGAAGAUGGUAGAGGACUGAUAGUGUAGAAAGUUUGAGAAUGGGUUGAGGGGUGACCUCAAGCUCAAGGUGGCUCCGCUCUCUAUCAAGGAAUUCCCUACCCUGGUAGAGAAGGCAAGAGUAAUGGAGAAGCUUAAGGCUGGAGUUGAAGCUCAGCAAAGGUCUCAACAGAAGGUGGGAGGACCAUCUGGGUCCACGAGCAAACAUGACGACAGGAGGAAGCUGUACUCUAGGCCUCAGUCUCAAGGGCCCAAGAGGUUCUUACAUCAGCCUCAGCAAUCCUAGCCUUCUAGGCCACAGUGCUUUUACUGCAGGGGGCCCCAUCUGAGGAGCGCCUGCCCCCAGUUAUCUGGCAGGAGGACAUGCCAUAGAUGCGGCCAGAAGGGCCACUUCAUCAAGGACUAUCCAGUUUAUAGGAACACAGUGGCGAGGCCUUCAUCACAGCCUCAGCCACAUCAGACGAGGGGAGGUGCGAGACCACAGGCGGUUGGUCGAGUGUAUGCUGUGACGGGUGUCGAGGCAGGUAGAUCAGGUAACCUCAUCAUCGGGUAUUGUGUGAUAGCUGGUAGGAGCUUACAUGUUCUGUUUGAUUCAGGAGCGACACAUUCCUUUGUGUUAGAAUCUAGAGUGGUGGAGUUGGGUCUUCCGAUGAAGGACCUCCAGUAUGACCUGGUGGUGUCCACACCUGCUUCUGGGUUAGUCAGAACCUCGACCGUGUGUGCUAGGUGUAAGAUUGAGGUUGAGGGGCGCAAGUACAGGGUAAACCUCAUAUGUUUACCCUUGGUGGGGCUAGAUGUCAUAUUGGGGAUGGAUUGGCUAUCUGCCAAUCACAUUCUCAUUAACUACAACGAGAAAAAGGUGUUGUUUCCCAGCUUGGAAGAUGAAGACCUGUUGAUGUCCUCACAGCAGGUGGACAAGGCGAUGAAGGAAGGGUCUCAAUGCUUCUUGAUUCUGACCCAACUGUCCGUUGAGACUGAAAGUGGACCCUUGGAGACACCUGUAGUAGGGGACUUCUCAUAUGUGUUUCCUGAGGACGUGCCUGGCUUACCCCCUACUAGGGAGAUUGAGUUCUCCAUUGACCUGGUGCCGGGAGCAGGGCCAAUGUCUAUAACACCCUACAGAAUGGCUCCUGCUGAGCUAGUGAAGUUGAAGAAACAGAUUGAAGAGUUGCUAGAAAAACAGUUUAUCAGACCUAGUGUAUCGCCAUGGGGAGCGCUAGUGUUGCUGGUUAAAAAGAAAGACGGCAGUUCUAGACUCUGUGUGGAUUACAGGCAACUGAAUAAGCUAACCAUCAAGAAUAAGUACCUCUGCCAAGAAUUGACGACUUGAUGGAUCAGUUGCACGGUGCUGCAUUGUUCUCCAAGAUUGAUCUGAGAUCAGAAUACCAUCAGAUUCGAGUCAAGUCUGAUGAUGUGCAGAAGACCGCUUUCAGGUCUAGGUACGGGCACUACGAUUAUGUAGUGAUGCUGUUUGGUGUGACUAAUGCCCCCGCCUUGUUCAUGGACUACAUGAACAAAAUCUUCAGGCCAUUCCUGGAUAAGUUCGUGGUGGUUUUCAUAGAUGACAUCUUGAUUUACUCACGGACUCAAGAAGGACAUGCAGAGCAUCUGAAAACAAUUCUGAGCAUACUAAGAGAGAAGCAGUUGUAUGCAAAGCGGUCAAAAUGUGAAUUCUGGAUGACUUCAAUUCAGUUCUUGGGGCACAUGAUCUUGGCUCAGGACAUAUCAGUGGAUCCAUCUAAAGUGGAAAUUGUGCUAAAAUGGGAACACCCUAAGUUAGUGACUAAAAUAAGGAGCUUUGUGGGGCUGGCAAGUUACUA